AUGUUUAAGAUCAAUGGAUCUGUCCAGAUGGAGUGUGCACUGCUGUACACCUUCCUGGAGGUAUCCUCUGACUGUAAGUUCAGAGAGCAACUGCAUUCCCUGCAAAGCCAGGGGCCUUUCCUGAGAGGCAGCUACUACUAUGAUGAUGAGGUGGAACUUCAGACCGAUGGCAAUCGGAGUGGCCACUUGCAGAAUGGUGAGCUAGUGUUUGACCCUCAGGUAAAUGAAGAAGUUGUCCGGAUCAUUGCUGCUCAGCUUGCUGAGAUUGGAGACCAGUUUGAUAAAGAAAUCAAAGCAAGAGUAGUAAAUGAUUUAGUGCAACACUUUCUGAAUGAGAAUCUGUCUGGAGAGGAGAUAACCCGGCGCAUGUCAGAGGCAGUGGAAGGGCUUGCACGAGCCAUCCCCUCAGAUAUGGAACAGGAGAAGGCCAUGUUGGUGCUAGCAAUGGUCUUAACUAAGAAAAUUGCAAAUACAAUGCCUUCCCUUCUACAGCGUGUCUUCAGCACCACUGUGAACUACAUCAGCCAGCAGCUCCACAACUACAUUGUCAGAAUGCUACGCGAGUGA